CUUCCCGCGAAAGAUUUCCCGCCGUUAGUACACCACGUGAACAAACAAACAAAAAAGAAAGAUGGACACUGGCUUUGAUGACCCAGGAAUAUUUUUCAGCGAUAACUUUGGUUCAGAAGACCAAAAUAAUGAAGAUCAAAUAAACAGGACACAAGUAAAGAAAAGAUUUAAAGACUUCAUACGACAAUUUCAUGAAGGAAACUUCUCAUAUCGUUACAGAGAUGAACUAAAACGCCAUUAUAAUCUUGGAGAGUAUUUUCUAGAAGUAGAUGUCGAGGAUGUAGCCAGCUUUGAUGAAACUCUUGCUGAAAAGUUGUAUAAACUACCCACAGAGCAUCUACCUCUGUUUGAAGAUGCAGCCAAGGAAAUUGCAGAUGAAAUAACGAAGCCCCGCCCAGAAGGAGACGAGGAUGUUCAGGAUAUACAAAUAAUGCUUACUUCAAAAGAAAAUGCCUGUAAUAUACGAGCACUCAAGUCGGAGCAAAUGGCAAAGCUGGUUAAAAUUCCUGGGAUAGUCAUUGCUGCAUCUGCCAUCAGAUCGAAGGCAACAUAUCUGUCUAUCCAGUGCCGUAGUUGUCGUAAUGUUGUAAACAACAUCGCUGUCAAGCCGGGUCUUGAGGGGUACAGUCUGCCCAGGAAAUGUAACACAGAUCAAGCAGGAAGACCGAAAUGUCCAGUAGACCCAUUCUUUAUUGUUCCUGACAAAUGUAAAUGUGUGGAUUUCCAAGUGUUGAAACUGCAAGAAACACCAGAAUCUGUCCCCAAUGGAGAGAUGCCAAGACACAUGCAACUUUACUGUGAUAGGUAUAUAUGUGACAAAGUAGUGCCAGGAAAUAGGGUCACUGUGAUGGGUAUUUUCUCUAUCAAAAAGACUGGAAAACCAACAAAGCAAGGUUCUAGGGACAAAGUAAAUGUUGGCAUAAGGGCUCCAUACUUCAGAGUUUGUGGGGUACAGGUUGACACUGAGGGUCAGGGUCGGACCACAGGGACAACUAUAACCCCUGCAGAAGAAGAAGAAUUCAGGAGACUUGCAAAGAGCCCAAACAUUUUUGAAACAAUUGCAAAAAGUAUUGCUCCAUCAAUUUAUGGAAGUCUGGACAUUAAAAAGGCAAUAGCAUGCCUUCUGUUUGGAGGCUCAAGGAAAAGAAUGCCCGAUGGACUUACAAGAAGAGGGGAUGUGAACCUGCUCAUGUUAGGUGAUCCAGGUACAGCUAAAUCACAGCUACUAAAGUUUGUAGAGAGAUGUUCACCUAUUGCAGUAUAUACAUCUGGUAAAGGUAGCAGUGCUGCUGGUCUCACAGCAUCAGUGUCCAGAGAUCCUCAAACGAGAAAUUUUGUGAUGGAAGGCGGAGCUAUGGUGUUGGCUGAUGGGGGAGUGGUCUGUAUUGACGAGUUUGACAAGAUGAGAGAGGAUGAUCGUGUGGCAAUUCACGAAGCAAUGGAACAGCAAACUAUUUCUAUAGCUAAGGCUGGUAUAACAACAACAUUAAACUCGAGAUGUUCAGUACUAGCUGCAGCUAACAGUGUGUACGGGAGAUGGGAUGAUACAAAAGGAGAGGAGAACAUUGACUUCAUGCCAACUAUUCUCUCAAGAUUUGACAUGAUCUUUAUUGUCAAAGAUGAGCAUGAUGAAUCUAGGGAUACUAGACUAGCAAAGCAUGUGAUGAACGUACAUCUUAACGCACUACAAAUGACUGAAGAACCAGCAGAAGGUGAGAUCGAUCUGAUGACACUGAAGAAAUACAUCAAUUAUGCUAGAAAGAGAUGUGGCCCUCGUUUAUCACCAGAGGCUGCUGAAAAACUGAAGAAUCGUUACGUUUUAAUGAGGAACAGUGCUGGCGAAUAUGAAAGAGAAACCGGCAAGAAAGUCAGCAUACCUAUCACAGUCAGACAACUUGAGGCUAUAAUACGUAUUAGUGAAUCUCUUGCCAAGAUGAAGUUGCAACCAUUUGCUACAGAGCUAGAUGUAGAUGAAGCAUUAAGACUGUUCCAGGUGUCAACACUUGAUGCUGCCAUGUCGGGUAACCUUGCAGGUGUAGAAGGUUUCACUACAGAAGAAGACCAGGAUUUGUUGGGACGUAUUGAGAAACAGUUGAAAAGAAGAUUUGUGAUAGGAUCACAGGUCUCUGAACAUGCCAUCCUACAAGAUUUCCUCAAACAGAAAUAUCCGGAGCGGGCUAUACAGAAAGUGAUACAUUUCAUGUUAAGACGAGGAGAGCUGCAGCACAGGAUGCAGAGAAAAAUGCUCUACAGGAUGAAGUAAAACUUCCCACAUGAUAGCAACAUGGUCUUCCUAACUUUGUGUUACCUUGACAAUGUCAUACAGUCAAAUUUGCAGGAUAGAAUACAACGAGAAAUAAUUGUAUUUAAUGAUAGAUAAACUAUUAUUCAGUUUAAAAAUUCUGUUGAAGAAAUAGUUAAUGUGUAAGAAGAAAAUUUAUACAUUAAGAUUUCAGGAUUUCUUGAUAGGACAUUUUGUUAUGAUUUAACUUGUUUGUCCUACUUUCAUAACAAUUGAAUGAUCAUUAACCAGGUUUUCCGAAGGAAAAAACUGGUUAUUAGAUUGAGGUAUGUCGGCGGGCGGGCGUAUACAAUUUCUUCUGUGCGCAACUCCUACAUUUCUCAAUGGAUUUUGAACAAACUUUCACAGAAGCUUUGUCAUCAAGUGCCCUGGCGCAUAUUGUCGGGGUUUUGCGAUUAGAUAAUAUUUGACCUAAUUAUGGCCCUUUGUUUUUUUUCCUUAUAUAAAAUAUAUAGUGAACAAUUUCUUCUGUGCGCAACUCCUCCUACAUUUCUCAACGGAUUUUGACCAAACUUUCUCAGAAGCUUUGUCAUCAAGUGCCCUGACACAUAUUGCCAGGGUUUUGCAAUUGGUAUAUAUUUGACCUAAUUAUGGCCUUUUUUAUUUUUUCCCUAUAUAGAAUAUAUAGUGAACAAUUUCUUCUGUGCGCAACUCCUCCUACAUUUCUCAACGGAUUUUGACCAAACUUUCUUAGAAGCUUUGUUAUCAAGUGCCUGGCACAUAUUGUCGGGGUUUUGUGAUUGGAUAAUAUUUGACUGAAUUAUGGCCCUUUGUAUAUUUUUUCCUUAUACAGAAUAUAUAGAGAACAAUUUCUUCUGUGCUCAACUCCUCCUACAUUUCUCAACGGAUUUUGACCAAACUUUCUUAGAAGCACAUAUUGUCGGGGUUUUGUGAUUGGAUAAUAUUUGACCGAAUUAUGGCCCUUUGUAUAUUUUUUCCUUAUACAGAAUAUAUAGUGAACAAUUUCUACAGUGCGCAACUUCUCCUACAUUUCUCAAUGGAUUUUGACCAAACUUUCACAGAAGCUUUGUCAUCAAGUGCCCUGGCGCUCACUAAAUUCCCAUGUUUCUUCCAAGACAUCAUUCAAGUAUUUUUUUUAAAUUGUGAACAUACUUUUCUUGAUAUCGCACAAAACACCACACGCCAAUAUUGUUGACAAAAGAAAAUGACGAGAGACGCAAAAAUGUAAAAAUUAAGCAAAAAUAAAGUACUGUUUACCUUUCUAAAACAUUUGGGAAAAAAAGGCGAAUAGACAACAUAAAAUUUCUCAAUCAUUUUUGUUUGAGGAAUAUUAAAAAAGCCAUAAUUCCUCCUAAAAGUUCAAUUAAAAACAAAUGCCCCUUCAUGACAAAGCUUCUGUGAAAUAUUUUGCUGAAAACCUGGUUGCAUCGCAUUGCGAUGUUCCUUGUUAAUUACCUUUGUUUGAAAAAAAAAAAAAAGAAAUUACAAAACCAAAUUAUACCAUCUUAAAAUCAAAAGUUAUGACCUAGGUAUAGGUUUCUGUUGUUUUGCUUAUGUCUGUGUCAAUAUAUUGUCAUUGCUACUUGAAUCUUUCAAAAAAGAAUAGAAAAAGACAUAAACAAUUUUAAACCCGACAGUAUAUUGUUCGGAUUAAAAUGUCAUUUUCACCAGUGUUUGUGUUCAUUAAAAAAAAAUGUAUCUCAUAAUUUUUAUGAUUUUUUUUUGUGUAAGUGCUAUAAACUGCCCAUUAUAAAGAUAUUUUUUGUAAAUAGAUGUUCAGGCCUAUUAUUCAAGAGGGUUCAUCAGGUUUUUUGAUACCACACUUGUGUUCAAUGUACAAAAACUGUGUUCAGAUGUACUGUAUAUAAUGUGUUCAAAAUCAUGUUUCAAUUAUGCAUGUGUUCAAAAUUUUUACUAAAAUAAUCUCAAGUUUACAAUUUUUGAACAAGUCUUUAUUUUUGAAAUGUAUUUAAAUUACUUCCAUAUUACCUACCGCCUAUGCAUUUAUAAAUUUAUUCAAAAAAAAAAUGAAAGCUAAUAAAUAUGAAAAUCAA